UUUUACCUUUUUCACAUCCAACUAUUUGCUUCCUUUUUUUUUUAUUGGUUACAACUAUUUGCUUCCUUUGGUUGAGCCACACACAUUUGAGUAGCAGUUGACAGUUAGGCAGCAUUGCCAUACUCGAGUUGAUGCUUGAUGCUAAUCUAAUUCCUUUGCAUCCUCAAUCCAUGAGCUUCCUUCCGUCCACUCUUAAUACUUGUAAACUCAAACCUCCAAAAUUACUUCUCCUCUCCAUCAUCUCAAACCCUCAAAGAUGCAUCUUAUUAAAAAAUAUCAAACACCCAAAUCAUUUCAAUCAAAUUCUUUCUCAUGCCAUUGCGUCUGGUCUCUUUACAGACCCAUUCAUUUCAAGCAAACUCCUUUUGUACUCCCUCUCCAACUCUAAUAAUCUUUCCUUCUCUCAGUCCCUCUUUUUCCAAAUCAAAAAUCCCAAUGUCUUUGCCUAUAAUUUCUUGUUUAAAGCCCGUUCUAACUGCUCAACUCCUAUAGAAUCAAUCUCUCUCUAUAAUUUAAUGAUCAAGAAUGCAACUUUACCUGAUAACUAUAGUUUCCCAUUUAUAUUUAAAGCUUGUGGACGUUUAUUGCUUCUCAAUAAAGGUCAAGAAUUGCAUGCUUUAAGCCUUAAACUAGGAUUUGAAUGUGAUGUCUUUAUCCAAAAUGCUUUAGUUUCUAUGUAUUCUUUUUGUGGACAAGUUGAAAUUGCAAGAGACGUUUUUGAUAUGGUUCCUGUUUUGAUCAGAGAUGUUGUUUCUUGGAAUAGUAUGAUCUCUGGGUAUUUACAAUGUGAACGUAACGGGGAUGCAUUGAAGGUAUUUGGGGAAUUGCUGAAUGAUAAUUUUGUGAGGUUUGAUGAGGUGACAUUGGUUAAUGCACUAACUGCUUGUGGAAGGACGGGAUUUGUUAAUUUAGGGAAAAAGAUUCAUGCUUUGAUUGUAGUAAAUGGGUUUGUCUUAGAUGUGAUUUUGGGUUCUUGUUUGAUUGACAUGUAUGCAAAAUGUGCGCAAAUGGAUAAUGCCAGGGAGGUUUUUGAUAAAAUUCCUGUCAGGAAUCUAGUGUGUUGGACUUCUCUGAUAGUAGGGUAUGCGAGGUUGAAUAUGUACAAGGAAGGACUAGAGUUGUUUAGGGAGCUGCAAAUUGCUGGUGUUAUUGCCGAUGCCGCUUUGGUUGCUUGUGUUGUUUCAGCAUGUGGACAUAUGGGAGCUCUGGCUCAGGGAAGAUGGGUGCAUACGUAUUGUGAAAGGAAUGGCAUUGACAUGAACCUCUCUGUGAGAAAUGCUUUGAUUGACAUGUAUUCAAAAUGCGGAGACAUUGAAAAGGCUCACCAGAUUUUCAAUGGAAUGGUUAAGAAAGAUUUGUUUUCAUGGACUGCAAUGAUUUCUGGAUUUGCCAUGAAUGGGUAUUCCGACGAAGCACUGGACUUGUUUGCGCAGGUGGAAACUUGUAAUGAUGUUAAGCCUAAUGAGGUUACAUUCCUCGGUGUCUUGUCUGCUUGCAGUCAUGGUGGUUUUGUGGAUAAGGGGUUUCAGUAUUUCAAAGCCAUGAGUCAAAUUUAUCAUAUUACUCCACGUAUUGAACAUUAUGGGUGUAUGGUUGAUCUUCUUGGCCGUUCUAACUUAUUGAAUGAGGCUGAAAAGUUUAUCAGGGCAAUGCCCAUUCAACCUGAUGUGGUAAUAUGGCGCUCCUUACUAUUUGCCUGUAGGUGUCAUGAUAAUAUAGAAUUAGCUGAGCUUGCAAGCAAUGAAAUUGAGGAAUUGGAGCCAAGAAGGUUGGAGGCACGUGUUCUUUUGUCCCAAGUUUAUGCUUCAGCUUCAAGGUGGAGUGAUGCAAAAAAAGUAAGGAAGUUUAUGCCUCGGCAGAAAUUACAGAAGCAACCCGGUUGCUCAUUUGUUGAAGUCAAUGGAAAUGUUCAAGAAUUCUUUUCUGAAGAAAAAUCAUAUGGUCAAAUGGACAUUGUAUAUGAGACAAAUGUGCAAAUUCACAAGGUUUUCCGGUCAGAAGGCUUUGACUAUGACCUCCUGGAUCCUGACCAACUGUGAAACCGGAAGCAUUUUGAUUUUGAAAUUCUGGUAGCUCGAGCUCUGAACUGUUAUAGCAUUAAUUAUGGCGCUUUAGACUGAGACUUUAGUUACUUGAGGAAGUUGACCAGGUGAAAACUUUCAUUAGGCUGAAGAUAUCUUUUUCUGAGUACAAGUCUUGAGACAAGUUGGAGUGAAGAUUUCCCUGGUACAUUUGUUUUGUGUUAAUGGCGGUGAAAGCACACAAAGCAAAAGCAAUCAAGGAUAAAUGGUACUUGAUGUAUUACUUCAACAAUAAAACAAGUGGCAGCGGCAUGAGUUGGGAUAGAAGUACGAGCUUCCUAAUUGGGAAUGCAACAUGAUCAUACGAAAAUUUGCAAAAAUUGUUCAAUUCUGAGCAAAGCGAUCCUGAGAUCUACAAGGGAUAUGUAAAUGCGAGGUGAGCAAACGAUCAAAGAUGUUGAAGAGGGCGGCUCAUCAAGAUUCUUGAAGCUUGGAGCCAUUUGAAACGUUCAUUAUAAGGCAAGAAAGGCCUUGUCCACAACCGAUGAUCCCAUAAUGAGUGGAAGCUUCGUGAAUUUUCUCAUCCUACUUUGCUCUGCAGCCGGUAAGACACAACUAUUGAGCAUUCCAGUCAUCUUGUGGUACUCGACCCCAUUUGAUGGCCUUGGUUGAGUUUAUAUGGAGCAUUCUUUAACCUAACAAUACUUCAAUUGUGCAUGACAUCAAGUUGUUCGCCACUAUGAUUUUAACAUGUCUUCAUUUCAGUGCAGCAGUCUUGGGCCCAAGGACACUACAUAAAUACUUAUUAAGUAAAUUCCUUUUUAACAAUUUUAUCGUAACUGGGAUCUUUACAUGAUAAAAGUCGUUACCAUCAAAAAAGAGUUCUAAGAUGCCAAUUAUUUUACUGAAA